CCGUCACCAUCCCAAACUCCUAGUCUGCUGCUCUGCGAUUCUGCCAGGGAUCAGUAAUCACAGCUUCACUCUUCCUCUCUUCUGCCAACCUUAGAAGCGACACAGCUCCAGAAUUCCCAGAAACGACGUCGUAGUCCGUGUCUCCGUGAGUCAUUCCGGUGUGUCCCAGCCAGAAACGACAUCGCAGACUCGCAUCCGUCGCCAGCGUCACACCCAAAAACGCAUUCCAGAUUUCCAGUGUGUCGAGCAUCUCCGUCGCAAUCCGUCCAGUACUCCAGUCCGUCCACAGCCAGUAUUUGUAGAGGCUAAACCAUGAACCCUAGCUCUCCUUACCGCCACGAAGAACAAGACGACGACGGCGACGAUGUGUUCCUUGACGAAAGCGAUAUCAUACAGGAAAUCCCCGUGGAUGAAGAAGAGCUUCCAGAUGCUGAUGAUGAAGAUGGAGAUGAUGGUAUUGAAGGAGCAAUAGAUGAAGAAGAUGAUUCAGUGCAUAUUUUCACAGGUCACAGUGGUGAACUUUACGCUGCAUGCUGCAGCCCUACAGAUGCUACCUUAGUUGCAACAGGGGGUGGAGAUGAUAGAGGAUUUAUGUGGAGAAUCGGUCAAGGAGAUUUUGCUUUUGAGUUACAAGGUCACAAGGAUUCAGUAUCCAGCUUAGCCUUCAGUUUUGAUGGAAAGCUGCUUGCGUCUGGAAGCCUUGAUGGACUCAUCAAAGUUUGGGAUGUAGCUUCCAGAAAUCUGAAGUGUACACUUGAAGGUCCUGAUAAGGGAAUUGAGUGGCUCAAGUGGCAUUCGAAAGGGCAUUUGAUCUUGACUGGUUCAGAGGAUGGUAUUGUUUGGCUGUGGAAUGCUGACAAGGGUGCUUCUCUUAAUAUGUUUACAGGUCAUGCAGAAAGUGUGACCUGUGGGGAUUUCACGCCUGAUGGUAAAACGAUUUGUACUGGCUCAGAUGAUGCAACUUUGAGGAUUUGGAACCCAAAGAGUGGUGAAAGCAUUCAUGUUGUGAGAGGUCAUCCAUAUCACACAGAGGGGCUGACAUGUUUGGCAAUCAACAAAGAUUCAACACUUGUUCUCACGGGUUCAAAAGACAGCUCUGCUCACCUUGUGAACAUUGAGACGGGGAAGGUUGUCAGCUCUUUGAAUGGUCAUUCAGAUUCAAUUGAAUGUAUUGGAUUUUCAGCAAGCUCUCCUUGGGCUGCAACUGGAAGCAUGGAUCGGAAGCUCAUUAUUUGGGAUGUACAACAUUCAUUGCCUCGAUGCACAUGUGAACAUGAGGAAGGAGUGACAUGCUUGUUGUGGUUAGGCACAUCGAGAUAUGUGGCUACAGGUUGUGUUGAUGGGAAAGUACGGGUAUGGGAUAGCCUUUCAGGAGAUUGUGUGAGAACUUUUAGUGGACAUUCUGAUGCCAUUCAAUCACUAGCUGCAUCUUCAGAUGGGAACUUCCUUGUUUCCGUUUCAAUUGACGGGACCGCCCGUGUGUUCGAGACACCAGAAUUCAUGUAAGAAAACGCAUCAUGACAAACUGCUUUUGCCGCGCCUGUAGUGGAGUAUUGUUUGUUCUUGCAACUGGAUUCCCUAUAACUGAACUGGCUUUGUUUGUUUCUUUACUGAUCUGAUUUAUACAAAAACAAAGAACCAACCAUAUGGUUUGUGUUUUAAUUAAUGGAGCCACUUCAAAAAGCAUGAUGAUCCUGUUUUAUUAAUGAUAUGAAUAUUUGCAGUGUCUCAAAA